AUGGACGAAGAAGAAUACCAGACACUACAGAAAAAAAUCCUCCGUACAAAACGAGACUUGAAAAAAUGGGAGACAGUAUUUGCAGAGAAACAUAGUCGACCACCCACUAUCAAAGAUAUUAGCGAUAGACCUAACAUUGAAAAAUUCUAUAAAAAAUACAACCAGCUCAAGAAAGAAUACAAAAAGGAAACGGAUGCCCGAAUGAUUGUAUCGCCUCAAAGACGAGGUUCUGUCGAGUAUAUACGGUCACCUACCCAUCGUUCUUCGCCAACUCAUCGUUCUUCACCUACACAACGUAUACCAGUGACUUUCUCUAGUCAACAGACAGUAGCGAGUCUAUCUGAACUAGAAGAUAUUAAGAGUACAAUUAGUGAUACUGGUUCUCAACAACAACAAUUAGCCGAAGAUGAAGCGUUUUGGCUCGGUAUAUCAUCUCAAUCAUCACAAAAUAGUCAACCUCGGCUGAUUUUAGGUGGAUCACAACCCAACAAGAAAAAGAAAAAGACGGCAUUACAAAGAGAACAAGAAAUCUUGGGCAGACACUCUUUUCACCGUCGACAUCUUCAUCAUCAUCAACAAAAACAAGAAGAAGCAGCAGCAACAGCAGUGGAAAAACAAUCGACACCAAGUCCAUUAUUAUCAGAUCCUGAAGAUGAAGAUAUGGAUGGUAUUGAGAUUGUAAACCAUGUCGUGGAUCCUUUUCGUCAUUAUGAUCCUUCUGUAUUUCAUUGGGAAGAUCCUUCAUUUUCCAUUGGACCUGGGUUCUUUGGUGCAGCUACCAAAGUGACUAUGAUGUUGGAUGAUCCUGUCAGAAGAGAUCGUGUGCUUCGUAAAUUAGAAAAAGGCACAUUAGGUGAAGUGUUAGAAGAAAAUCAAGCAAUGGAAGAUGAUAUAGAAGAUGAAAUCAGACAGUUUAUUGCACAACACCAGGUUGAGAAUGAUAUCAGCGUAGAAAUUGAAUCACAUUUCUAUAAAAAGAAACCACUUCAGAAGCGACAGACAAAGAUGUUUAAAUUGAAAUUUGUUGAAACACGCUAG